AUGCAGUCCUUUUCACUUAGUCAGGACACAAUUGGGUAUACAUGUACCUGUUUGUCCAAAAUAGAAGACCCGUCCACCAAGGCUGAUCAUGGGUACGUGAAGCAGGCGAAGAAACUGCGCUCAGAGCUACAGCACCUGGUUUCCUCUGUAGCGAAGACAAGCAACGUGUCUGUUUCGUCCGAGAUAAUGUCGGAGCUUUUUUCGUUCACUACUUCCAUUCUUAGAGACAAACCUCUGCCUUCUAUCGUCUUUGAGAGCCUUUUGGUCCUUACCUAUUUUGUUCUGCGCGAACCAACCAAUGUAAGAAAAUUUGAUAUCAGGACUCUGAGAAUGAGUGAGCCCGUAGCUGAUGAUAACGGUCAGCCACCAAAGAAUUUCAGUACAUAUCUUGCCAUAGUGAUAUGGCGCCUCUUCAACAAGCCCCAGCCAGAGCUCCACAAAGACCAGACCAUCAAGCAGCUCCUUUCCUUGAUCGAGAACCUUUGCGUAUGCGAGGUAGGGCUUUCUGGACCGUCCUAUAUAAACAUGUGCAAAAUCCUGCUGGGCCUGGCAUCCAGUAAAACGUAUGCACCACAUGCUUCACUAUCACUUUAUCAUGCAACCCUCUCUUUAAACAAACACUUAAGCAAUAGUAGAGUAAGCACUGAGUUAUCUGAGGAGUAUAUUGUUACUCUCAGUUCGUACAUUAAGUUCCUUUUGAGGAUCCUCCAGUUCUUCUCGGAUGAAAGCCCUACCCUGUUGCUUCCUGCAGGAACCACGAGUGGUGGCAUCUUUCGGUUGCCAUUUGGUGGUGGUAGCUCAGGGGACGGGGCUGUGACCCAAGGCUCUUCUGUUGCAACUGGAGAUGCAGGGUUUUCGAUUCGCUUUGCUGAAGUCCUGGAGCUCACUUACAAUAGUGCUCUUUUCCAGGUAGUAGCACACGAUGAAUUACGGCGAAUAACUAUUACCGCAAUGUAUCUUCUCUUCUACUUUUCAAAUUACUUUUACCUAGAGCCUGUCAUCUUAAGAAUCGUUUCAGAAGAUUUGUUAACUAUAGUUCCCAAGCGCUUCAUUGUCACCCACUCAACCCAGCCUGUCAUUGUCACCGUUGCUUUUGCCUUGCUGGAGCUUAUCCUGCGGAUUUAUUGUUUUCACAUUUCUGCCAAAUGUAUAAAGGCGUACUUUGAACAUACAAUAUUUAAGAUCUUGGAGGAGCCUGACGUACCAUGCGGAGAGUUAAAGAUGGGCAUUCUAGCCCAUAUAGGCCGCAUUUUUAGCGGUGAUGUCCUCAAUAGCACGUUUGUGUUUGGAAUUUCCGAGUUAGAGCGCUUUGCAUUCAAAUACUCGUAUCCAAAUCACGAGCUUCUUGAUGUCAAUGAUUACGAGUAUGUCAAGCUUCUCUUUCCUCGCCCCUUUGACUACAUAUUUAAUUUAUUUGUCACUUUCGAUUGCGAUUUUGAGUCAUCCGACCUUAUAUAUCGCUUAGUUUCCGCUGUCACCGAAUACACAGGCUCUGCAUCGUCAGGCAAGAAGUUCUCUUCUCAAAAAUAUAUGAUAUCACAGGUACAAUCCGGUGACGCCCAGAAUGUUUCCUAUCAGAUCCCAACCAUGGUCUACUCCUUCCAAACAUCUGUGCACAAGUUCUUCUUUCACCUUAUCUCCAAGUACUUGCAUCGCUAUGAACCCUCCUUUGCAUCUCCCAUUACCACUACAUCCAUUUUGGCACAGGAUGUUGGGAUGAAGCCUGGAGAGUCUCCACAUACACUGACAAAGACCACAAUAGCAGACAGUAGCAAUUCUACCGAGCGUCCAACUUCAUCCAUCACUCUGCAAGAGUCUUCAGACUUUGUUCCUAAUCUGAUCAUGUAUGCUCACCAUCUUGGGGUGAACGUCUAUAACAGCUCCAAGAGCUUUAACUAUCUGUCUCCUGCUACCUGCUCGCUGACAAACUGUACAGAGGCAGCCAUAUAUGCACUGAGCCGCAUAGCAUACUCUAUCUCCUAUUGGUCCUAUUUGCACCAGUACGACUCUAUUGCAGAGCAAAGGAUUCCGCUGGAGUGUGUGCCUUCUGGCUCCGAGAAAACAAUGAGCAAACACUCAGAGCUUUUCAACUAUAUGCAGAACAGAUACAAUAUCAAGGAGCUCAUGGAAGAUCACAACAAGAAGCGUCUAUUUGAUAAGGGAUAUCUUCUAUUUGAUAGAAAGAUGAAAAAGGGUGUCGAUUACUUUGUUGCUAAUAAUAAAAUACUCAGACUUGUUCCGCUAGACUCCCCUACCACACUGUCUCUCCCUGAGCCAGUAACAGGCAGAAGACGGUCAUUUGACGAAGAGUGGUACUACUCUACGUAUACCAUGGAGAAAUACAAAGCCGGAUUUAUGAACGCAAGCGAACACUACAGAUCAGUGGCGCAGUUUCUGAUUGACAAUGUCACCGAAAAUACCUUCACAAAGAUUGGCAUCCCACAGGAGGUUGUUGGAGAGAUUAUUGGCGGAAUAGACAAUCCUAACUAUUGCACCCUCUAUGAAUACGUUAUGAUCUUUUCUGAUAAGUGGAACGGCUUAUCUACGAAUAGAAAUAGCAAUAUACGCCUUAACUCUAAUGGCCAGCUACCAGUAGAGGAAGCUCUUCGGGAUAUUCUUAGCCACUUUAAGCUUCCGGGAGAAGGGCAGGUUAUCUCAAGGAUUAUGACGUGUAUCUCGUAUGCAUAUGUGCAAGCCAGCACGGCCGUUAUUAAACAUCACCAGGUUUGUAACGGUCUCAUGUUUGCUAUUGUCAUGCUUAACACCGACCUACACAACAAGGCAAUCAAGACACAACGUAUGACAAAAGACACGUUCUUUAACAACACUAAGGGUAUAGACACGGCCAAUAUUCUCACGCGUGAGCUUCUUGACUCUAUAUACGACAACAUAGCCGCCAAUCCAUUCUCCUUGGGUAGUAUAGAUACUAAAAGAGAGAUUGUCGAGCUCAUGGAUAAAUACUUUAAAGCACCGGGAGGAACAAAGACAAUUUUCAAUGGCAUAGUCAUCAAAGCAAAUGCUCCAACGCCAGGGAGCAAGGAUACAACUCUAAACAUGAUUGCCCACGGCCACCAGUACUAUCCCUAUUUGGCCACUGCAUGUAUGAAGGAGUGGAUAGAUGUCGAAGUCCUGUUAGAAAGCCCACGGAAGAGUACAAAAUCAGUUUCACUGGAUGCAGAUUUGACUAAGGCUUCAGCUGUCAUAUAUGCUCCUACCAUGAUAGCACGACUUGCUGAGAAAUAUCACUUUGCGUUCUUUGAAUCUCUUCUACUCAAACUGGACUCGUCCGUACACCUAGAGCUCUUACACACACUUACUCAGGCGCCCACUGUCAGUGAGCAGACCUUCCUUUUGUGUCUACGUCCCUUCUUUACACUUCUUUCUCUUUUGCACUGCACUCUCCUUCGCCAGACCAGGCCUAUAUGCCGAGCGGUUGUCGAUGAGCUUAUUCAGCUAACUAAUAUCAAGAGCCUUUCUGUGUUGAGCAUAAGUCCAACUAAUCACGCACUGAUUGUUUCUAGAGAGCAAAGCGCGUCUCAUACAGAUUCAAAGUUUGAUCGAUCCCUGAAUGGACUAGAGGUUUCCAGGGCCAAGAGCACGUCUGUCUGUUACGUUGUUACUGUGAUACACGUACUACUCGAGUUUGUCUAUAUCCUCGCCAAUCUUGAGAAGACAAAGCCUCCUGCCAUCAACCCUUUAAUCGUAGAACCCUAUUCCCGCACGGGUUUAAGCGGCGAGCCACCAGCCCUAUCCUUUGCAAACCACUUUGAAAAUAAAACGACUCUUUUGACCAAGAUGUACAUGGGAAAGCUAUCUGGCGGGGAUUGUUGGGAUCUCUACCUGCAGGUCUUUGCGUGUGUUGAAUACUACUUCGACGUGGCAGAUAAAAACCAGUUUCCUCGCUUAGAUCGCAGCGAGCUUCUUAGAAUUUUCAAUAUGGAUGCAUAUAAGAGCGAUUCCUCGCUGACCAUAUCGACCAAGAAGUCUUUUAUCACCUCUAUGAUGGUCCAGACUCACCGGAUUGACCACGACAUACAGUUCAUACAACGAUGCUUAGACCUUGGUGAUAGCAAUGACGAUGAAAUGGAGUGGGAUGACGCCGCCUUGAUUUAUUACAUGUACAAUCUCCUAGAUAGACACAUCUUAGAUGACAUAUACAACAGGUUCAUGAGCUUUCCGUCGAAAAGCCUUAUCAAUCUGUUCCGUGCCUUUGUAAGCUGUUCUGCUCAGACGCUCGCUGCCACCACUAAUGCAGUAUGCAGCGACAAAGAACGCGCAGCCUAUUACCUUAAGAAGGGUCUCUAUGUCCUUGAGGGAAUUGCAAAGAAUUCUCUUGAUCGAUUGAAGAAGACUUUCUCGGAGAUACAGCCCAUGCUCUCCGAUGCUUAUAGCAACCCGGAUGAAAGCUUAGUGAUACUCUGCCUUGGGUCUCACCAAUCAGUGAUCAGAACGUAUUUUGCAAGAUUUAAGCAGCACUCUAGUCUGUCAGUGCAGCCAUCAAAGUCUCUGGAGGUUGCUCAGGGGAAGAGUCAACACAUGCGUUCACGCUCGCGUAUCAAGUCGUUGAAGGUACCGCCAAAGGCGCCGCUUCUAGACGAUAGUAUAACGUCUGACGCAUCGUCCGUGACUUCUUCAAAUGUGUCUCUGAAUGACUCCGCCCUUCAACGAGCACUUAUGAAACCGAUGAUAAGUUUGCUCGAAAAGACUCCAUAUAUUCAGGUGAUAGAUCUGGUCCUUAACUUUUUAGAGGAGCUGCAGUUAUUGUACUCCGUUUCUGAUAGUCUCUACACGUCAACCUCCACAAUCGAGGACAUCGCACGCGCAGUAGAGAUAACCGUCACACGAGUGUCUUUGCGGAAAGGCGCCGUUAAGGGUGUUGUGAGUUCCUCAGUCCAAUCCGGCGACCCCCUUUCACAGUCUGAACAGAGCCUUCAAUCAACAGACUCCUUGGACUUCAAGACAGAGUCCUCAGUAUUGGUCACUCCGUCCAUCUCUGCACUAAGAAGUACAUCGCCGUCUCGAUCUCCUUUGCAACCUCUUGCGCAACUACCUCAGAAUAUGGAGGAUGACUUAGGCAGGCUGAACUUUCUCAUCAGUCGCUGCGACUCUAUCGCUAAACGGAUACUGGAUCUACUUGAGAAGCAGAAGACACUUAUUUCGGCCUGUGUCCGGAUGAGCUAUGCAUUAUCACAACAGCAGAUAGACUCAAAUAUCGCCACUUCGUCUAUGGGUACGUUCACCAGGCUCAUUUAUCUCGCCUAUGAAUACAUGGCAUGCUCCUUUUCACAGGUUGAUUCAGCAGGAGCGUCUCUAACACAUUGUGAUUCUAACUACGCAGAUGACCUGGCGACCUUAUCUGUUGGAAAUCCUUAUGCACACUCCUUUAUAGCUACUGUAGGGAUUCUUUCUGAGCUGAGCCUGGAUAGUGCUGAAGCGGCCAGACAUAUUGCCAUUAACUUACUGCGCGAAUUCGUGGGGAAACUUAUGAAAGGUCAACUCACCCCUUGCAACCACUUGAAAAUAACUCCGAUGAUGAUCUUGAAAGAGGUUGUUGUGGGGUCACUACUGUCCUCUAUUUCUGCGCGAACCAAGGCUGAACCUCGAAUGUCGCUUUGUGCAUGUAACGCCAGCAACCUUUACGUGCUAACAAACCAUGAUCCUGGCAAAAGAAUCCCUAUCCUAAAGAAUUUGUUGAAGAUCAGGCAGAAGGGUGAGCCUGUUCUAGUUCUAGAAAGCACGCGCUUGCAGAUCUGUGAGGAUUCUGGCUGUGGGUACCACACAGUGCUUGAUACACUUCUUGAUUAUCUUCUGGAUCAGCGGAUGAGCACCGCCAUAUAUAGUGUGGUCCUCUAUGGACUGGAGAACGUUAUAUUUACGACUGGGAGCCGCACCAUACUCACCUUCUACAAAAUUCUUACAUCGUAUUUGUGCGACAUACUAAGCAUCCUUAUAGAGCGGCAGAUUCAAAUCUCUGGCGGGGAGAGUCUGGAGUUAGAGAUUGUGCACGCCAUGGGGUACACCAGUCCUGCACAGGCUCUGAAGUUCAUGACCAGUCUUGUAGACGCUGUGGAAAGUUGGGUAGAGAACACAAAAGCCAGGCAGUCCCUAGUGGCAGAGGGGCAGCAGAAAGGAGGUGAUGGGGCGUCUAGCGGAUCAUCCGGAAGUUACAUAGGCAUAUACGAUUAUAUCUCCCAUUUAAUUAAUACCUAUGCACGGCUCUAUGAACAUUUAGAACAAGUAGCACAGGGCAUAGAAUUGGAGCACUUGCGUGGAUUGAUUUUUCGUCUAAUUACUAUGAUUGAAUUGAUUCAGAAAAGUAAGUUCUCUGGAGCUGAUGAUGAGAAUACCUUGCUAGUCGGGCUCUUCAUAGCAGGCUCGCGCAUGAACGGAGAUAGCGCCAUAGACCAGGUUGUGUUGACUAAGAUCAUUGAAGUGCUUCAAGUCUACACAGACCUUUUGGAAAAGGCAGAGUCUUCACAGUCACGUGCACACGAGAACAUGGUUAUCGUUGUUGGGGCUGCACUCACUAGUCUUGCAAGCCUGCGAUGGGAGCAGAUAGCGUCUCAACGAAAAACCCUAUUCAAUCUCUGCAUAAGCCUGAUUGUUAGUGAUUCUCGCGAAAUCCGAAUAAAGAUAGCUGUGGCCAUGAAAGCGCUUUUUCUUCAAUAG